AUGCCCAGGAGUGACUCACAUGAGCCACGCUUCGAGCCUUUAGCCAGCUGGGCCAUCCUGAAACACAAAAGUAGGUCAGAGUGGCUGGGGCCAUGGCGGUGGGCAGAGUGGCAUAUAGAAGAGGCCAGGACCCUGGCAGUGGCUGCCUCGGGCCAGCCUCAUUCCCCAGCUAGGGUCCGGAUGGACCCUGACAGUACCGGGGAGCCACACAGCGCUGUAAGCAGAGGAGAGGAAAAGUCGACUUCUGUUUUUACAACACCUCUCAGGCUGUGCUGUGGGAAAGACCUGAGGGGAACAGUCUGGGAGGGUGGUCCACGCCCUGCCACCUGCCCUGGGGAGAACACCCACCUGGGAGAGGGCCAGGGCAGGGCCUUGGUCCGGGGGCUAGUGGCAGGCAGAGCUCAGUGUUGGGGUUGCCCAGAGCCCCCCAGAUCCCUGGUGUCCAGGCACAGCCGGGUCCCUUUAUCUCAUUAG